AUGGCUUCUAGCGGAAACCUUCUCUCUUCCGUCUCGAGCGUGCUUAGUCGGCCUAAGUGGAACAUUGGACAGCGCAGCCCGCGGCUUCAGCUCAAGAUUGUCAUCAUUGUACUUGCUUUCAGCAUCAUUACACUUGUCGGCCUUUUUAAGGCGUCAUCCCACCCUUACAUCAUUUCUGCAUCCCAAAGUUUCCGGAGCAGGGUCGAGGGCAAGGUUGAGGAUGAUAUCCCAAACCAAGUUCAUUAUAUAUGGGCCCUCAACGAUACCAGCAACGAUCUCCUCUUCACAUUUGAACAGUACCUCUCUGUGUACUCAGCGUGGUACUACUGGAAACCGCACACCAUUUAUCUUCAUACGAAUGCUUACGAACGUGCAAUCGCCGAUGCACGAGAUGGAGUCUUCAGCAAAUGGGCCAUGCGCAUCCUGUCGAUUCCUGGCUUAAAGGUCAAUCGGGUUGAGAUGCCAAGUACCACGAAGGACGGUGUCCAAUUCGGCUUCAACGAGCACAUCUCGGACUUUGCAAGAGUCAAGGCGGUCCAUGACUACGGCGGCAUAUACAUAGACUUCGAUAUACAGCCCUUGCGAGACAUCGCUGUACUGCGCAAAAGCGGGUUCAACGCCAUCGCCGGCCGGCAACAAGACAACAACCUGAACAGCGGUUCAUUCAUGGCCAAGAAGGGCAGCAAAAUGAUUACAAAGUGGAUGAGAUUGAUGCACGAGGUAUAUGAUGGCAGUUGGACCACGCACAGCAACGAUGCCCUUACAGUUGUUGCGCGUAGUCUCGUUCCGGAUCCUGGCGAGAUGCUUAUCAUGGACCGAGAGGCAUUUGCGCCCAUCGGCUGGACAUUUGACGACGCUCGCCGCUUAUUCGGUCUUCACAAUGAAACGUCCCCCUUGGACUAUCUCGUACCGGGACAGCCUCUUCCCACUAGCGAUGAGAAACCCCCAGCGUGGGUUCAAGACUUUUCGACAUCGUACCUCAUCCAUAGCUUCACCCCAGAUUGGGACCUCAAUCCGGUGGAAGGCGUCACCGAAAUAACGCCAGCAUAUGUUCUGAAGAGACAGAGCAACUUCGCCUAUGCUACGUAUCCAGUUGUGAGGGAUAUGUAUAACAAGGGGCUUGUAACGCUUGAAGAUGAAGAAUGGUGA